AUGAGUAGAAAGCAAAGCUUGCGCCUUGGAAGCCUAUGUUUCACAUCAGUGCCGUCCGACCUGGGCUGUGUGAGGCGACACCUCCAGUGUGCCCAGCGGUCAUGGUCACAACCCGCUACGCAGCACAAGGCCAGAUUUUGCACCCUGUUGCGAAGUUCCGCAGUCGAUCGCCGAGUUCAACGAAAGCAAGACUGCUCUGUUCUCGGAGAGCCAAGCGGUAACGCUUGCAGCAACUCCACGCCCAGCGCUGCGAGCGCUCACCUAGCGCGACUGCUGGUGCACUUCAGUAAGAGAACGGGAGCCAGUAUGCUCGGUAUCCUCGGGGCGUUGCUCUUCUCUACAACCGCGACGCUAGAGAGCGAUACGCGGGUCCAGCUGCCUCCCAGUCAUCAGCUCAUGAUAGCGGGUCCAGUUCAGGCACUCACGGAUGAGCAGUUUAUCGUGGCGGAGGCGUGGCACCUCGUUGAUCGCAAGUUCGUCGACCACGCACAAAUUCAAAACGACUGGAACAAACUGCGGUUAAAAUACCUGCGUCGAUCGUACCGCAGUAUGGACGAUGCACACCAAGCGAUCCGCGACAUGCUUCGAACGCUUGGUGAUCCCUAUACGCGCUUCCUCAGCCCAGCAGAGUACAAUAGCUUACUUGCCGCAGCGCGUGGCGAGUUGGUCGGCAUUGGUAUUGAGCUCGCACCUCCACGUAUCGACAACAGUGAGGAUAAGCAGCAUGCUACCGGCACAUCGAAGGAGGCCGCACCACCCGGACGCGUCUCGGUGGCAGCGGUGCUCGAUGCCUCGCCUGCUGCCCUGGCAGGCAUCCGACCCGAUGAUGAGAUUUUGCUGGUCGACGGAGAGGAGACAGGCGGUCUCUCACCUGAUGAAGUCGCAGCGCGGAUUCGGGGUGAAGCCGACUCUUUCGUGCGCUUGCGGAUACACCGCAGAGGCGAGCGCGAGCCGCGCGAUCUCGUUAUCAAGCGCACACCGCUCCGGCUGGAUGCGUUGUUGGCACGCGGCCCUGAUCCAGAAGGUGUCGCUUACAUCAGGAUUCGCCAGUUCAACGAGAAUACGGCUGAGGAGCUACGAGCUGCGGUCGAGAGAAUGGCAGCGAACCGGAGUGCACCGCUGCAGCUCGUGGUCGAUCUGCGCAGCAACCCCGGAGGCUACUUUCCUGAUGGUGUCGAUGCGGCGCGACUUUUCCUACCAAAAGAUCGAACAGUAGUCUACACCGUUGACGCCAAGGAUCGCGUGAAGGAGCUUCGUGCUCAAGAGGACGGACCACUGCUCCGAAUGGUACAAUCACCGGUUUGGGUACUGAUCGACCGCGGCACUGCGAGCGCGAGCGAGAUAUUCGCCGUCGCAUUACAUGACAAUGGUGAGGCGAAACUCAUCGGUUCGUGCAGCUUUGGAAAAGGUGUCAUUCAGACUGUUCAAGGGCUUCGUGAUGGAAGCGCCGUCGCGAUCACAACUGCCCGAUACGAGACACCGAAGCAUGAGAACAUCAACAAAAGAGGAGUGUGUCCGGAUAUUGUGGCGACUUGCAAGGCACCGCCUCUCAACUCCGAGACAGCAAGUAUACGCGACGCGCUUGCCUGCCUUCCGCGUUAA